ACAAAUUUCAGUAAUCUUCAAUAAAAGUGUGAACAGACAUUUCGAUUGUUUUGAUCAAAUACUGAAGCGCAUUAAACACCAUAAUAUUAUUAAAUUUUAUUGAAAAAUAAAAUAUGUUGGCCUUACAAGCGCUACGAAACAUUGGGCCAACAGUGGCCGGUAGGGCACGGAACUCCCCCACAACAGUAACAACCACCCGUCACUUUUGGGGAUGGAUCAACAUGAUGUUCAACCGGGUGGACACCGCACGACUCAAGGUGGUCGGCCCGGAUCGGCUAUGUGCCGAGUGGCUCCUUCGGAACGGUGCCAGGGCAAAAUUCGUCAACGUACCACACGAACAAGUUAACUACAAUCUGCUGCCGAACGAGUCGGUCCCGGUACUGAUCGAGGAGUUUGACGGAACGGAUUCCGGAAUCAUGCACAUUGGCUUCGAUCACCUGAAGGGUCUGACCCGGCUUAGGAAGAUUAAGCUGCACAAUUGCGUCUACCUGGAAGACCAAGCGCUGGCUAAGUUACAUUUCGUUGCUCACACCCUCGAGGAACUGGAGGUUUCAAACUGCAAAAAUAUAACAGACUUUGGGUUGUUGACGCUGAGAGAUUUGAAGAAGUUGAAACAGCUCAGCACCCACAAUUUACCGUACGUGAAGAAUUUGCAGAAAGUUGAAGAGGAAUUAAGAAAAUCGCUGCCCAACUGUAACCUGGAUCUGAAGCCCUGAAUGUGUUCCGAAGAAGCUGAGCAUUGCGUAUUUACCUACCUCCUAGUCAUGUAUUGCAUUAUGAGUUGUGUUUGAAUAAAGUAAAUUACACGUUUAA